AUGACACAGAAGAGAAUUGACAGCUUCUUCAGCGUAGGUCCAAAAACUGGGCUGUCUGAAAAAGGCACCGAUGCAACCGAGCCUAGUACAUCGCCCGGUACGUCUGGUGUGAAGGAAGGUCCUGAACCUAUGACUUUAGAUAAAGAUGAGCUCGUGGGGAUUGCGUACAGUCCCGAUGACUUGUAUCCUGAUCCAGCAAGUUUAACAAAGGCUUCAGAUGACUCGAUAAAAGUGAAAGUGCUGCAAAACAACAAAGAAUGGGCCAAAACUUUUAAGUUUCCGUCAAGUAUUGAGUAUGGAAUGAAGCGUCAGUUCUCCGUAGAUUGGCUAGAGAAGUAUGACUGGCUUCGAUAUUCAGUUUCCGAGAAUUCAGUGUAUUGUGCUCCCUGUAUUUUGUUUGGUGCUUCAUCUCCAAAGGAGAAAACAUUCAUCAAUACCCCAGUAUCAAAAUGGUCUAACCUUGGAAAGUACAUCAAGAGACAUACCGAGCCUGGUUCGAGUCAUCAUAGCUGCUGCGCUAGUGCUAGUAGUUUUAUGAAAAUCAUCGAAGGGAAACAAGCAAGCAUUACAGCACAACUGUCGAGAAACAAAGUCGAAACUGUUGCUAAAAAUAGACAGGUGCUUAGAUCUGUUAUAGAGGUCAUCAUUCUGUGCGGUCGACAAAAUAUUCCACUUAGAGGUCAUGAUGACAACAAUAGUAACUUUACUGUCCUGUUGAAAGACAAGGCCAACAGGGAUGAAAUCCUGAAAACACACCUGUCCUCUAAAUCUAAGGUUACUUACACUUCGCCUAUGAUCCAAAAUGAAUUAAUCACUUUGUUGGGAAAUAACAUAAAAGGCAAGAUAGUUCAGCAGUGCAACGAUGCUAUUUGUUAUUCAUUUCUUGCAGAUGAAGCUACUGACGCGAGCACUAUGGAACAAAUUGCUAUGUGUGUAAGAUAUUAUUCUGAAACUGAACAGGACGUGCGUGAAGACUUUGUGGGCUUUGUGCAAGCAGAAUCUACAACAGGAGAGGCUCUUUUUAACAAGUUUAUUGAGGGGCAGCGGGACGCAGGAUUAGACAUCUCCAAGAUGAGGGGACAAGGGUAUGAUGGGGCCAGUAUUAUGUCUGGUUGUCAUCGAGGUGUGCAAGCUCGGGUCCAGCAAGUAGUUCUCCAAGCAAUGUAUGUGCACUGCAAAGCCCAUAGCCUUAAUUUGUCAAUUGUGCAUGCCUGUAAAGAGGCACUCGUCAGAAACUUGUUGGACACAGUACAACAAAUCGGAUUUGCUUUCCAGUACUCUGCCAAACGUCUUUUAGCUUUCAAAGAGGAGCUUGGCAACGAUCCCGUGGCACAGGAAGAGAUGCAGAAGAGAACACGUCUUCAAAGUCUGUGUGAGACGCGAUGGGCUAGUCGGGCUGACGCACUUUACACUUUCAAAGCUGCAUACACAUCUAUUGUAAGUGCACUGGAGGUGCUAGAACGAGAGGGAGACUCAAAAGCACGGAGCUACAGAUGCAGUAUCCUUGGGUUCGACUUCCUUCAUCAUCUCUCUAGUUGUGGUUGA